AUGAUAGAAUAUUCAGAUGCAGAAUUUGAAAAGAAGCUAAUGCUCUUAAAAGACACUCAGGAUGCAAUUCAAUCAUUGUCUGCAUGGUGCCUUAAACGACAUGAACAUUACAAAAGCAUUAUCACUAUCUGGUUAAAAGCUAUUAGGAAGGUGAAGAUCGAGAAACGUUUGACUUUGUUUUAUUUAGCCAACGAUGUUAUACAAUACAGUAAGAAAAAGAAUUACAAGUUUAUUGAUGGAUGGGCAACUGCUAUUCAAAAAGCUAUCCCCUAUGUCAGGGAUGAAAAAAUACAAACUAAAAUUUCAAGAAUUAUUAAAAUUUGGGAAGAACGGGGUGUAUAUGAUGAUAGUUAUUUAGCUGAUUUAACUGGUUUAUUAACUACACCAAUUCAGAAAUUAAAAUUAGCUGAUCCGGUACAAGAGUUUCAAAUACAUGCAUUAGCGGUUAAAAUACGUUCUUGUGUUAAACUGGAACAGAUUACAGACCUGAAGAUGAAAAAUUUAAGAGAAGCUAAUCUGCCUCUUACUAAUAAUGAAGCUAUACAGAACAUGUUAAAAGAUCGGACACGAAGUCACGAGUUCUUGAAUGAAUUAAAUGAUGGGAUGUCAAAAAUUGAAAGCUACAUUAAAUGCCUCAAACGAGAAACUAUUGAUCGUGCUCAACUAAUUGAUGCUUUAGAAGUUGCUACAUCUUAUUAUGAAGAACAAAAUGGCGAAGUUACAACUGUUGCUCAAGCAUAUUUCAACUACACUAAAAGAGUAAAACUUUUAAAAAGCAAAUUGGAAUCCUUAGUUGGUUCUAUGCCAACAGAUAGUCCAAUGCCUUCACCUGAUAUUAAUGCACCAUCUCCUUCAACAUCUUCAGUCUCUAUUGAAGACUUAAACAUACACAAUAUCAAUUAUGAUACUGUAUUAAAUUCUGAUAAAUAUAUGAUGAAUUCUUCGAUAGAAAAUAGCAUUAAUGACACUGAUAUUUAUGUGCCCACUACAGUAAUCAACAAUAUUAAGUCAUAUAUUACUCCUGACACGUAUACUACUGUUCAAGAAAUGUAUGAUCCAGCUUCUAUAAGUUUUCCAGCAAUAGAAAAUCAAGAUCAACAAUCAUUAACCACCAGUCAGUUUCCAUAUGAUGCUCCCUCACCACCUCCAGAUGAGACUUUUGCAUAUUCAGCUUUUCAUAAUCAAACAAAUGUUUCAUAUACUAAUGAUAUGAAUAAUCAUAAUAAAAGUUCUACAUUUUCUACAAGUAGUUAUGAAGCUUAUGUACCUACUCCAAUGUCAUCUAGUCAGCAAUUUAUAACGACUGAAUUCUCUAAUAAUGUGAUACCUCCUACUAAUUCGUCAUCACUUAUAAAUGAAAAUACUAUACCAGUAUCUCAUGUUCCACAAACGGCUUGGGAUGUAACUGGACAUACUGAUUGGUCAACAAACGAUACACCAGCAUCACCACCUUUUCAUGAAAAAAUCUCCUAUCAAAAUACUCCCAUUAUCAGUAAAACUGAUGGAGGGCCAGGAAUCGAUCACUGUGUUUUAGCUUCAAAAAUAAUAGAUAGAGAUGAACGAGUUUCUCAAGACAUUAUAACUAAAACUUCUGAUAUUGACCACAGAAACUUAAUUAGUUUGACACAUUCUCCUCAUAUGAAUUCAUCAAUGGUAUCUGUUGAUGUUGAUUACCGAGCAUUUCCUGGUAUUCCUAUGCCACCAUCACCACCAGCUUUGCUUAUGGAAGCAGUCAGUAAACCACCAAAAGAUAAUGUAGAAAGUGUUGAUAUGGAUUUGAGUGACGAUGAUGAGAAGCCUAAAUCAAUCCAUGAUCAAAAACAUGAGCAUCAUGUACUUUUACCUCCACCACUUCCUCCACCAAUGCCUUUUGACUUUGACCAACAAAGUGUACCAGAUAUUAAAAAUCAUUGGGAGCAGCCUCCCCCACCAUGGAGUAAUGAUAUAUCCGGUUUUAAUGGAAGCCAGUGGAAUAUAGAACAAUCUGAUCAAUGGAAACAUCCUAACCAGUGGGAACAAGAGCAAAGUGAUUCAAACUUUGUACAUAAUCAGCCUCAACUUCAGUGGCCUCAAAAUGUUCAGAGAAGCCAAUCCAUAGAAGAUUUUAGGCCAAAAUGGAAGAGAGGAAUUAGUAAUUGGCCAAGAGGCCCUAGAAAUUUCAUUCCCCAUUCUAGACCAACUGGUAGAUGGAAUCAGGGACCACGUUUUGGACCGAGGAAUCAACCUUGGUAA